AUGGUCCAAGAAGCUGAACGAGGUGUUCAGGUAAUUCGAGAAAAGAUGCCAAUGGCUCAAAGUCAUCAUAAGUCUUGCACCAAUAAUAGGUGCAAACCCUUGGAAUUUGAAGUUGGCGAUUAUGUGUUCUUGAAAAUCUCACCAACCAAGAGAGUGAAAAGAUUUGGAAAGAAAGGGAAAUUGAGCCCUAGAUACAUCGACUCCUUUGAGGUGUUAAAGCGUAUUAGCAUAGUUGCUUAUCACUUGGCGUUACCACCCAACUUAUCCAAUGUUCAUCUAGUAUUUCAUGUGCCCAUGCUUAGGAAGUAUGUUCCUAAUCCUUCGCAUGUGAUAUGGUAUGAUGAAGUCCAGUUACAAAACGGACUUGGUUAUAAGGAGCAACCCAUAGCCAUAUUGGGUCGACAAGUCAACGGCUUCACUCCAAGGAUACUGCUUCGGUGA